AUGCCUCAUCCGCCAGAACAAGAAGAUUUAGGGCCUCGAUUAACUCCCAGAGUAAAUCAACUUAGACAGGAAGAAUGCAUAGAUGUGGUGGGACGUGAAGUUGCUCAUGAAAGAGAAAUACAUUCUGCGAUGCAGAUGUCUCAGUCGUGGGAAGACCUGACCUUGGUAUCAAGUUCUCUAUCAUGUAAAUCAGAAGCUGAUGGACAAAACUCAAGAUUAGAAUCAAAGAGGCUUAUCCAAAGAGUAACAGAUCCACUUCAUGUUAGUCUUCCAUCUGUACCCCAUUGUUCAUCUCCAUCUCCCACUCGUACAGGAAUUAGACAUUUUUCUCCUAGUCUUCAAACAUCAUGGAAUUUGUCCCCAAGUCCAACGAGAAAGGCUUUUGCCACAAGGCGUAGCUUAAGUCCUAUUGCAUUGCGACCAAGUACCUUAGGAAUCAUGAAAAGGAAAUUUGAUUUAGAUGAUGAUAAAGAAAGUAAUUACCUUUCGCCCCCUGCCAAGAGACUCAGCUGUGGAGGAUCUGUUAUGCCCCAACGUUUGAGUCCAUUACCGGGAUCUUUAAGCUCCGUAGGAACUCCUGAGUCUCUGUCUAGUGUGGAUUCCCCUGGUUUUUUCCGACCGGUUGAUAGCCCAUCACCUCAUCAAAAUAUCCCAUCACCUUCCCUUACUUCAAUCACUAAUGUUGAUGAACCAAUGAGGGAAGAGCACAUAGCAAAACAAGCCACAACUUCAACAGCAUAG